UUAUAAAAUUAUUAUGUAUUAAAAAAAAUAAAAGGAUACUUUGGCAUUGGUUAAAAUUAUUCUUUUAACUUAGGAUGUGAUAACACUAGGACUUUGUCUGCCAGCAUCAUGCUCUAUAAAUAAUCUAAGUUUUAUUUUGAAAAUAAUAUUACAUGAUAAAAGCAUCUUAAUGCGCGGCCUUUAUAUUGCGGAUCUUUAUAUAAUUCACGUUAAAGAUCUAGAAAACAAUGACAAGUGGUUAUCCGGAGUUGCAUUAAUUUUUAUCUGUGCAUUUUUAGGGCUUUGUUUUAUGACAAUGGUCGGAAAAAUAUAUGAUAUACUCGUGUAUAAAAAAAAUGUAAAGAAAAAUAUAAAAAACGAAAUUAAUGAUGAUUUAGACAUCCUUCUCCAGAAUAAAAGAAAACGCAUUGCUAUCAGUCUGUGGAGUGGAAUUUCCUCCAAAAACGAAAAAAAAUUGUUAAUUUGCUGUCACAUCAUAACAAUGUUUGCUUAAUAUAAAAGAUCUACAGUUUGUACCUACGAAAUUUGUAUUCACAGACUAGUAGAUGACGAGAACAAACAGUGUCGAAUUUCGAAAAUUAGAUUUUAGUGCCUAAUUGAGACAAAAUUGUGAAACGAAAAUUUAGGUUAUAUACGCGUAAAAAGUCGAUAAGUAGA